AUGAGUCUGCACUGAUAGGCAGCAAUGAUGGGCACUGAUGAGGUGGCAUGCAUAGGCAGCACUGAUGGGUGGCACUGAUGGGCACUGACUGGUGGCACUGCUGGGCAGCACUGAUAGGUGGCACUGAUGAGGGACACUGCUGGGCACAGGUGGGUGGCACUGCUGGGCGGCACUGCUGGGCACUGAUCAUCAGGGCACUGACAAUUGCUGGUUAUCAGCACCGAUAAUCGGCAAUUUUAUUUACCAGGUGA